CCGAUGACGUUUGCACAGUUCAGUGUCGCGUCGCUGACUUCCUUUCCUGUCAAAAUAGUCGACAAAGAUGGCUAUCGGCUCCAAGAUUAUUAAGCCCGGCGGCUCCGACCCCGAUGAGUUCGAGAAGUCCAUUGCCCAGGCGCUCGUUGAGCUGGAGGCCAACAGCGAUCUGAAGCCUUAUCUGCGCGAUUUGCACAUUACCCGUGCACGCGAGAUUGAGUUUGGCAGCAAGAAGGCCGUCAUCAUCUACGUGCCCAUUCCCCAGCAGAAGGUGUUCCAGAAGAUCCAGAUCAUUCUGGUCCGCGAACUGGAGAAGAAAUUCUCCGGCAAGCACGUUGUCGUCAUCGGCGAGCGCAAGAUUCUGCCCAAGCCGACCCGCAAGGCGCGCAACCCAUUGAAACAGAAGCGUCCACGCUCGCGCACUCUGACCGCUGUGUACGAUGCCAUUCUGGAGGAUCUGGUCUUCCCCGCCGAAAUCGUUGGCAAGCGUGUCCGCGUCAAGCUGGACGGCUCCCAGCUGGUUAAGGUGCACCUGGACAAGAACCAGCAGACCACCAUCGAACACAAAGUUGACACCUUCACCUCGGUCUACAAGAAGCUUACCGGCCGCGAUGUUACCUUCGAAUUCCCAGACAACUACCUGAAUGUCUAGAUUGUGUUCCGCUGGCAAUGUCGUCGUCGUCGCGCUGGUUCAGCUCAAUCAGAAAUUCUGUUGUACAGAAGAUGCGGUUUUUUUUACAAGAGCUGAAUGAACGUAACUUCAACUAAAUAAAUCAGUAAACAUUUUUAAAAAUUAA